AUGAAAAUUCGCACUGAUGGAGCUCCCGCUUCUAAUAAUGCAACCGAAGAAAAGCAGGAUCCCACUUUAGCCGAAGUGGUUAGAAAGUUGGACACAGAAAAUCUUAUCGAAUUUUUGCGUGGGGAAGAAGACUUGCAACUUGACGAAGACGAUUUCAAAAUAAUUUCCUCAAUGGGGCCUGCUACGACUCUUGUGGAGUUCGCUCAAAAAAAAUUGAGGGCGUUUUCGUCGUAUCGCAGUCUAAGAGAAGUGCUGGCAAAAUACGGUAUGGAAUCCGAAGGCAUAGAUGCGAUCCCGUUAUUCAAACCACCACCCUGUGAUUGA